CAGGGAGGCAAAGUCUGCUCCCCAUGACAUCAGCUGUCCCUUCUUGGACAUUCUAUUGUCUCCUAGAGAGUUCAGGCAUCCUCUGUGAUGUCACCAGUGUUGUAGUGACAACCAGUGCCCUAGUUUCUCUCAGUCUGAGUCUGGCAGUUACAACCUAAGACAUGUUUUCCCGUCUUCGCAAGCGUUUUAGGAGGGGGAACGUCGAUUGUGGAGAGACUAGAGUGAAGGAAUCUAGCCUUUCGUCUCAAAGUAAUGAUGGACAAAGACAGCACUUCUGGGGAAUGUGGAACGCUGGGAGAGAAACAUCAUCCCCUGGCACUGACCUAAGCCAGAAGCAGGCCAAGAAGGAAAAGGAGAGGCUGAUUAAAGAGCUGCAGCUCAUUACCGAGGAGAGAAAUGACCUGAGAGAUCGCCUGAGGUUUCUGACAGAGAGAUCCAAGAACAACAGGCCCUACUUCAGGCCAAAUCCAUAUUAUGAAGACCUGGAGAGAAUGGAGGAGGAGGUCAUGUCAAUUCUGCACAACUUAGAGAUGGAGAACACUGAGAUCCAUGAGAACAACCAUAAGCUGAAGAAGGAGAUUACCUUCUCUAGAAACCUGCUCAGCCAGCUCCUGAUGGAGAACACAUGUAGGAAGAAGUUGGUCCCACUGAAACAGGAGAGCAAGGAGGUACAUCUUUAUUGUGCACUGAACCAGAAAUAUUUGGUUGACUUCAACAAGAAAGAUAAAGACCAGCAAUGUCCAGACCCAGCAUCAUCAGGUCUCAGAAAGUGCAAGAGAGCUGGAAUUGGACACACGCCAGUAAGAGAGCUUCCUGAAGAAUAAGUUGCUUUCUCAGGAGUCCCUGAUGACAAACAUCCUGAAUGAAAACACCACUUGAGAGACAACUUGGGGGACCGCCUUUCAUUAUGUGUGCUAGAGGAGAAACAGCAAUACAUCUGUGCUUCUAAAUGUUCGUGAAGAAUAUGCUGUUUAGAAAUAUUUUUGUUAUGAUUUUAAUUGAAGUUUUCUUUUUGUUGUUUC